AACAGACAGAACAGACAGAACAGAAUAGAACAGUUUCAUCCAUCUAUCUCUCUCUCUAUGCAGAUGCAGAAGCUUCCUAAUUGCAUGCCGAAUAUAUACAAAAAACUCAUGUAAUUUACACAUCUACCACCAGCCGCAGACUACCCAACUCAUAAUUAUCACUUACGAAUCUCACUGUCAUUUAUAUAUUUAUCUAUUAUCUAUAUAUAUAUCAGAGAAACAUCGUACUGAUCAGUGAUCAGCCUAGCCUAGACAUGAGGGAGAUUUUUAAAUCAAAUCCUUCAUGCUUAGCUUUUACUCUUUUCGGAUUUCUUUUUCUCGGUCUCAUCACUGUUUUAUUCUCCGCUGGUCAUUCAAAUUUUAUCUUGUCGUUUGCUUCUCUUCCUUCUUCGACGGCCUCCUCUAGUUCUAAUUCCACCUCAUCGAGGCCCAAUCCUGAUACAGCUCUCUAUCCAUUUUUCACCGAUAAAAAGAAACAAAAGGCGGUGGAAGAAAUGAUAAAACAAUUGGAAGCUGAAUCAUUGUUGAGAAGAGGCAAGACUAGAGAUGAGAAACUGGAGAAAAUUGAAUCCGGUUUGGCGAGAGCAAGGGCUUUGAUCAAACAAGCUGCGGCUUCUAGGCUAAAUCGCAGCCGUUCAUCGCCUCUCAAGGAUCCUGAUUAUGUUCCUCAUGGUGAUAUUUACAAGAAUGCUUACCUAUUCCACAGGAGUUAUUUGUUGAUGGAAAAGCGGUUUAAAAUAUAUGUGUAUGAAGAGGGAGAGCCCCCUCUGUUUCAUUAUGGUCCUUGCAAGAACAUUUAUGCUAUGGAAGGACUGUUUCUCAACUUCAUGGAAGUGGACACUCGUUUCAGAACGUAUGAUCCUGAUCAGGCUCAUGUUUUUUUCCUUCCCUUUAGCGUUGUCAUGAUUCUGGAGCACCUUUUUCAUCCUGUUAUUCGCGACAAAGCGGUUUUAGGACGUGUCAUUGGUGAUUAUGUACGCAUGAUUUCGUCCAAGUAUCCUUAUUGGAACAGAAGUCUUGGAGCUGAUCAUUUUAUGCUUUCGUGUCACGAUUGGGGGCCAAGAUCGACAUGGUAUGUUCAUCAACUAUAUUUCACAUCAAUUCGAGUGCUAUGCAAUGCAAACACAUCCGAGUUCUUCAAUCCAAGAAAAGACGCAUCCAUUCCUGAGAUCAAUAUCCGAUCAGAUGAUAUCAGCACACUUACUGGAGGGUAUCCGCCUUCUAACCGUACAGUCCUAGCAUUUUUUGCAGGACACUCACAUGGUAGACUGAGGCCUAUACUUUUCCAGCAUUGGAAAGGGAAAGACGAAGACAUCCUCGUGUACGAAGAAGUGCCACAGGACAUUUCCUAUCAAGAAAUGAUGAAGAAGAGCAAGUACUGCCUGUGCCCGAGUGGUUAUGAAGUUGCCAGUCCAAGAAUCGUAGAGGCCAUCUAUGCAGAAUGUGUGCCCGUGCUGAUUUCGCAGAGCUAUAUCCCUCCUUUUAGUGAUGUUCUUAACUGGGAUGCCUUCUCCAUUAAAGUUUCAGUGAGUGACAUACCAAAUCUAAAGAAGAUACUAAUGAACAUUUCUGAGGAAGAGUAUAUAGAAAAAUAUAAGAGAGUGAAACAGGUGCAGCAACAUUUUUUGGUGAAUGAUCCUCCCAAGAGAUAUGAUGUUUUUAAUAUGAUUAUUCACUCAGUUUGGCUUCGAAGGCUAAAUUUGCAAAUAUUGUAUUAGCAAUUUAACAUUGUUGCAUUGGGGAGCCUUACUUAUUUGGGCUCAACUUGGACUUGUAAAGAGAGUUUGUAUGUAGGUUCACCUUUGUUGUAUUGUAGCCUCAAAAGUGAAUGCUUGGGCUAAUUUAUUCCUUGUACAACUUUACAUUAAAAAAGUAGCAGCAGCAUUCAGAGAUUGAGAAGUUGACCUGCGAUUGAGGAAUAAA